AUGGAAAAUAGUAUCGCGAACAGGAAUGUCACGAGGAUUUGCGGAUUAAUUGUGCUCAAUCGGCCAGCUCCAGAGCCGACCCCUGUGUCGAAGGGACUGCCGCCGCCACUACCGCCUGAACCCGAACCCUGCGAUCCGGACGUCCCUCUCGAAGAUGCUGCCGAAGAUGUGCUCGAGCUCGAUGAUGAUGAUGAAGAAGAGGACGAAGAGGCAGUAGCAGAAGACGAAGAGGAAAUUGAGGUAGUCAAGGUUUUUGACGUCGCUGAAGCGAUAGACAUGGCUAUCAAUGACGAGGUCGACUCUGACGCGCUGCUUUUGCUCGCCGAUUCGGUCUUGCUGGCUGAAGCCGCCGACUGGCUAAGUGUUGAUUCUGUCUGCGAAGUUGCCGUCACCAUCUUGGAAGAGACCGCCGCCGAAGACUCGGCCGAACUCGCAGCUGUUGUGGUCGCAACGCCGUUACUGUUUGAACAUAGAUAG